AUGCACACUACACGCGUUGUCUUAUUGAAGGCAGUUACGUCUGCUCAUUUCGGUUUCAAAUUCUUCCACAUCUUAAAUUUUUUUUUAAAUAGGAGGUCGUACGAGUGCAGAUUCAUGUUUGAUGCGAGUCAUGUCAGUAACGUGAGUGAGGGUUGCAUGUUUGCCCACGUGAGCCAUGCAAGCAAACACUCGCAGGAUGCUGGCCACGUGCCUCUGCAUGCUGGCGGGGAUCUCCUCACAUUCGAACACGGACACUGCAUCAGGAACGCCAGGCAUCUUAACCAUUACACCAUGGCGCCGCCCAAACUGACGAUUAAGUGGGAUAGAGUAAGCAUCACACCAGCUCUUUGCAUUCAAUACGAGGACAAGCAAGCUGCAAUCAAAGCUUCGGAUGAAGAUUUGAUCGCUCAGUGCUGA